UGAAACUCUCGUGUAAAAGUGUUUUUUUUUUGGGAGGUGAACGAUGAAAUCGAAAGUGGUGGUACAAGAUCUAUCGCAAAAUAAUAAUCCGAAAAAAAUUUGCUGAACUCAUUCAUAUUUGGCGUAGAAAUUGUAUAUAAAGAUGUGGAGCAUAGUACAUUUGUUACCAUUCAAUCAAUAACAAUCAUCUAUUCAACUAAAAGAAAUGGCAUUUAAGAUUGUCUGCACAUUGGCUGUUUUGACUGUAGCAGCGGUCAGCGGCGGUUUCAUCGAUGCUCCUGGACAUUUAGCAUAUACCGGACAUUCCCAUCAACAUGAAUACGCUCCAGUAGCAAAGUUUGCUUACUCAGCACCAUCGGUCAAUCACGUUUACAGCACUGUUAAAGACAUUUCACACACACCAUUCCACCAUUACACUGCUCCAGCUCAUGAAAGUGUUCAGUACGCUCCCGUUCACAAAUCAGUGGAAUACACACCAGUCGUCCACAAAACCGUUCAGUACGAUCACCAUUCAACGCCAUCCCAUACAUUGGCCUAUCCAGUUCAAAAGGCUGUUUCCCACGAAAGUGUUCAAUACGCACCGAUUCACAAAACAGUGGAAUAUACACCAGUCGUUCACAAGACCGUUCAAUACGAUCACCAUUCAACCCCAUCGCAUACAUUGGCCUAUCCAGUCCAAAAGGCUGUAGCUUAUGCUCCAAUUGCUAAGACUAUUUCUUAUGCAACACCUGUAGUACACCAUCAUGAGCCAACUUAUCAACACACUCAUGAAAGCGUCGAACGUAACCAUGCUGGCACUGUGUCCCAUUACGGUAAAACUGUGUCCACCCCACAUUCCCAUGUCCAAAAAUACGAUACCCGUGUCACAAAUGAACAAUACAAAGUAGCUGCAGUACCAGCUGUUCACUAUAAGGUUCAUGAAGUUCCUCAAGUUCAUCAUUACACACACUCGAAACCAAUCGGUCUUGAAUACAGUCAACCAGCCCCAGUCCAACAAUACGUUCAUUCGACUCCCGUGCACCAACACUACAGUCACUCGGCUCCAGUCCAACAGCAUCAUCAACAUUCCGCUCCAGUUCAACACUACAGUCAUUCCGUUCCAACUCAACAAUACGCACACGCUGCUCCAGUAGUUUCUUACAAUAAGGCUGUUAACUACUCACCCGCCGAAGCUGUGUCACACACAAGUUUCCAUUCCAACGAUGCUAAAUAUGAAUGGUAAGUGAAUAUCACACGUGGAUCGUGCUGCAGUUAUCUAAUCUUAAAUUCAUUGUGAUGAUUUGAUGUUGUAAUCGUCAGAAAUUGAUUGAAUAAAAUUUAUUUAUUUAUUUAUUCAAA